UUGAGUUAUUUAAUUUACUAAAUUGAAAACGGUGAAAUGAAAUACAAAUUUCUUGAGUAAGAGUGAAUAUAAGUCAAUCAAAUCUUGAUCGUUUUAAAAAUAUCCUGAUAAAUUAAUUUCAAAAUGUUUGUUUAGGAUGUAUUUUACCGGGAACACGGCAAUGCAAAACAGCUGUUUUAUAUCAAAAUAGGCAACCUUUAUUGCAGAUUACACUAAUUUUCUGUAUUGGAAAAGUGACUGUCGGUCUGUCAAGUUAUACACUCAUUUUCCAACAUGGCAGAAGUUAGUUGCGAUGAUUUCAUGUUUCGAAAAAGUUGUCGUGUUCGGUGUAAAUUUAGUGGUAAAACAUUGUGUUAGUGAGUAUUUACGAAAAUAAAACUAAUCGCUAUGACAGAAUUAGCAAAAUCUGCACUUAGCGAUAUCAAACAUCCUGAAGAAGUGGUGAGAAUGGCUAUGAAUGAUAGCCUGAAAUUUGCAGUUUUAAUAGGUCUUAUAGAAGUGGGGCAAGUUUCAAAUAAAGAAGUUGUGAACACAGUAUUACAAUUGUUAGUUGGCGGUGAAUUCGAUAUGGAACUGAACUUUGUCAUCCAAGAUGCUCAGAACAUUAGGCAUAUGCUUGAAUUACUCGAUCACUGUCCUCCAAAUCUACAGGCGGAGAUAUGGAGUGUUUUCAUUGCUAUUCUCAGAAAAAGCGUUCGAAAUCUGCAAGCAUGUACUGAUGUCGGACUCAUCGAACACGUUCUUAAAAGGUUACGCAAUGCAGAUCUUGUUGUGGCAGAUUUGCUCAUCGAAAUGCUGGGCGUCCUCGCGAGCUACAGCAUAACAGUAAAAGAGCUGAAAUUGUUAUUCGGUGCCAUGAAAGCCGUUACCGGAAAAUGGCCACGUCACUCCGCUAAGUUGCUAAAUGUUUUGAGACAAAUGCCACAAAGAACAGGACCAGAUGUUUUUUUUAGUUUUCCUGGAAGAAAAGGAUCGGCGAUCGUCUUACCACCUAUGGCGAAAUGGCCUUACGAGAAUGGUUUCACCUUCACAACUUGGUUUCGAUUAGAUCCGAUAAACUCAGUCAAUAUCGAAAGAGAAAAACCUUAUUUAUAUUGCUUCAAGACUAGUAAAGGAGUCGGUUACACCGCUCAUUUUGUAGGAAACUGUCUAGUACUCACUUCAAUGAAAAUAAAGGGCAAGGGCUUCCAACAUUGCGUUAAAUACGAAUUUCAACCCAGGAAGUGGUACAUGCUAGCCGUCGUUUAUAUUUACAAUAGGUGGACGAAAAGCGAAAUCAAGUGUUUGGUCAAUGGUCAAUUAGCUUCGAGUACCGAAAUGGCUUGGUUUGUUUCGACAAAUGAUGUAUUUGAUAAGUGUUACAUCGGUGCAACGCCAGAAUUAGAUGAAGAACGAGUCUUUUGUGGUCAAAUGUCAGCAAUCUAUCUAUUCAGUGAGGCAUUAACAACUCAUCAAAUAUGCGCCAUGCAUAGAUUAGGGCCAGGAUAUAAAAGUCAGUUUCGGUUCGAUAAUGAAUGCAAUAUAAAUUUGCCAGACAAUCACAAGAGGGUGAGUGAAAAUAGUAGUCAGUUACCAGCAUCUAGCAUGCCUCUGCCUUUGACUGCAACAGAUGCACGUUCCGUUCUCUAUGACGGCAAGUUGUCAAGUGCUAUUGUCUUCAUGUACAACCCCGUGGCGACAGAUACUCAACUUUGUCUGCAAUCGGCUCCUAGAGGAAAUAUAUCUUACUUCGUACAUACACCACACGCACUCAUGUUGCAAGAUGUCAAAGCGGUGAUUACACACUCCAUUCAUAGUACUUUAAACUCUGUUGGUGGAAUUCAAGUUCUGUUUCCUUUAUUUUCUCAACUGGACCUGCCUUAUGAAUCUAAUGGUUCAUCAGAUUUGAAAAGAGAUCCUACUUUAUGCUCCAAAUUACUGGGUUUUAUCUGCGAGUUAGUGGAAACGUCUCCAACAGUUCAGCAGCAUAUGAUACAGAAUCGAGGAUUCUUGGUAAUCAGUUUUAUGCUGCAGAGAUCAUCUAGAGACCACUUGACCAUAGAUGUUCUAGGAUCAUUUCUCAGUUUAACAAAGUAUCUAGUUACCUGUUUAAGUGCCAAUAGCGAAUUACUGUUGAAACAGUUGUUUUGCUUUUCAUUCCUGACAUGGCAGUUACUGGACCAUGUCCUCUUCAAUCCUGCUCUUUGGAUCUACACACCAGCUUCAGUGCAAAGUCGGCUCUAUUCAUAUUUAGCGACUGAAUUUUUAUCUGACACCCAAAUAUAUUCCAAUGUUAGAAGAGUCUCUACUGUGCUCCAGACAGUUCAUACGUUGAAAUAUUAUUACUGGGUCGUAAGUCCGAGAGCAAAAAGUGGUAUAUCGCCCAAGGGAUUAGACGGUCCCAGGCCAGCACAGAAGGAUAUCUUAGCUAUACGUUCCUAUAUUCUUUUGUUCCUGAAGCAGCUGAUAAUGGUCGGUAAUGGAGUUAAAGAUGACGAGCUACAAAGUAUCUUGAACUACCUCACAACAAUUAAUGAAGACGAAAACUUGCAUGAUGUGUUACAAAUGCUUAUAUCACUUAUGUCUGAACAUCCAUCAUCCAUGGUUCCUGCUUUCGAUACAAAGUGCGGCGUCAGAACUAUUUUUAAAUUGUUAGCUUCAGAAAGCCAGCUUAUUCGCCUCCAAGCGUUGAAGCUACUUGGAUUUUUCUUGAGUCGGAGCACUCAUAAACGUAAAUAUGAUGUAAUGAGUCCCUACAAUCUAUACACAUUGUUAGCUGAAAGGUUACUGUUGAAUGAAGAUACUUUAUCUUUGCCAACGUAUAACGUGCUGUAUGAAAUUAUGACAGAACAUAUCAGCCAACAAAUAUUAUACACUCGGCAUCCUGAACCAGAAUCCCAUUUUAGAUUGGAGAAUCCUAUGAUCCUGAAAGUAGUAGCUACUCUUAUUCGGCAAUCAAAGCAAACAGAACAACUGUUGGAUGUAAAGAAACUGUUUUUAUCAGAUAUGACUUUAUUGUGUAAUAAUAAUAGGGAGAAUAGAAGAACAGUUUUGCAGAUGUCAGUAUGGCAAGAAUGGUUGAUUGCUAUGGCUUACAUUCAUCCAAAAAACACUGAAGAACAAAAACUUUCUGAUAUGGUAUAUUCUUUAUUCAGGAUGCUUCUUCAUCAUGCGAUAAAAUAUGAAUAUGGGGGCUGGCGAGUCUGGGUUGAUACACUGGCUAUCGUACAUUCCAAAGUUUCUUAUGAAGAAUUUAAACUUCAAUUUGCUCAAAUGUAUGAACGGUAUGAAAUGCAUAGGGCAGAUAAUAUAACUGACCCGUUAGUAAGACAACAGCAUCCUAUCAGUACAAUUUCUGGUUGGCAUGAAUCAGGACCCAAUGGAUGUCACUCAGAAAAUGAAAGAUGGCAACAUUCCAGAGUCUCCCUUCAAGAAAUUGAACUUAAUGAGAAUGAUAAAUCAGAACAAGUAUGUAGUUGUGAUUACAAUUCUACUUUAUCGGAUGGCAGCCCCGUGUCUUAUAUUGUUAAGCAUGAAGAUAGUGAGUUAGUGUCUUUAGACUCCAGGACUAGUGACAUAUUUAGUGACGGUAAAAUCAGUAAAGAAUCCCCAUAUUCACAAGAUUCUCCGGUUAAAGUAGAUGAUGUGGGAAGUGGAGAUUCUCCAAUCUGUAAUGGUUUACAUACAGAGAGCAGUCCCAGUUUUGGUAGUCCGGUCAAAAUAUCAAACGAAAAAAGCGAAGUAAUAGAAGAGAUCCUUCAAGAAAUAUUGUCGAAAUCAGAGAAGUUGUUAGAGGCACAUUCUGAAGUUUGCUCUGAUUCUAAUUUGCGAAGUAAUUCUCCUGUCUUGCAAGAUCAGGAAAUAGCUCAAGCUAUCAAGGAGGUUGUGAAUAACAUUCCAGAAGUAGACAGGGAUAAAAUAAAUGUGGAAGAAAAAGUAGAAGAAUGUAAAACGACGAUAGAGGCGAUAAAUAACGAGCAAGAUCGAUCUCUUCCAAGUUUUAAAAAUGAAAGUUCAAAUCCUGAGAGAGAAAUUCCGGAUAGUGAUUUAUCUGAGAGGUACCUAACACCAACUGAUGAAAUCGUAGAAAAGAAAGAAACUGAAAUAGAAUCUACAGAGAAGACUGACAAGUGUGAUGAUGAUGAAUUAAGAACUGUUAAAAGUGUUAUAAAACAGAAUGAAGACGUUAAAAGUGACGUUGUUGAUGAAAAUAUUAGUGAUAAAGUAGUACUUUUAAAAAAUAAUUCUGAAGCUGUGCCAAUUGUCGAAAAUAGUGCUGUGUCCGUAGAAUUAGAGCCGUCCAAAAAAGAAUCUAGUCUAGGAGAAGCAGCAAUUGUUCAUUCUAGUGAUAAUGAUUCUAAAUUAGCAGAUGGCGCUGAAACUGAAGUGCCUCAGGUUGAAAAUAUAUCAACGAUUUCACAAUACUGUGAUCCUAGUCAUUAUAAUGCUUCUAAUAAUGCAAUUACUACAGAUAUUGUUGUUACAAAUGUAGAAACACCAAUCACCAAUCAAACUGAGAGUCCACAAAAUGUUGUUGACGAAAUAAAAAGAAGAGUUAGUUUACCAACAUGCCAUAUUGAAAAUCCGAUUGGAGAUUAUAAUAGGGGAUCUAGUAAUCAAACCGUAUCGCCACAAAAGAGACCCAGAAGUGCUUCAACAUCUACCCAAGUUGAUCCGAAUCUAUUUGAAUCGAAAAAUACUAAGCCCGGACUAUCAAGACCCAUGUUCAGUCCUGGACCUACAAGACCACCAUUCAGGAUACCCGAAUUUAAGUGGUCUUACAUUCACCAACGUCUAUUAUCUGAUGUACUGUUCUCGCUAGAAACUGACAUACAAGUUUGGAGAAGCCACUCUACAAAAUCUGUAUUGGAUUUUGUGAAUAGUAGCGAUAAUGCAAUUUUUGUUGUCAACACUGUUCACUUGAUCUCACAAUUAGCAGAUAACCUCAUCAUUGCUUGCGGGGGUCUCCUCCCAUUAUUGGCUUCAGCUACUUCACCGAAUAGCGAACUCGAUGUGAUUGAACCAACUCAAGGAAUGCCAAUAGAGGUAGCCGUCAGUUUCCUCCAAAGACUUGUCAAUAUGGCGGACGUACUAAUAUUCGCUAGCUCUUUAAAUUUUAGUGAGUUAGAAGCAGAGAAGAAUAUGUCUAGUGGAGGAAUUCUUAGGCAGUGUUUGAGAUUGGUAUGCACAUGUGCAGUUCGCAAUUGUUUGGAGUGUAAAGAAAGAAGUCGACCGCACCACACUAUUGCACCUAAUUCACAUAAUUCUAGCCAUAAAGCUGCACAUCUUCAAUCUUUCAUAAGAGGUGUUCAAAAUUCGCCAAAGAGUGUUACUGAUAAUUUAUCAAACAGUGCAAGUCCUGUGAAAGACCCGGAAAAACUCUUACAAGAUAUGGAUGUUAAUCGGCUGCGAGCUGUAAUUUAUAGAGAUGUGGAGGAAACCAAACAAGCUCAAUUUUUAUCGUUAGCUAUCGUCUACUUUAUAUCUGUACUCAUGGUGUCGAAAUAUAGAGAUAUUUUGGAACCACCCGUCUCGGUCAAAGUACCCAGUCCGGUUCCCGUGAUAAGAAAUAAUGGUACUUCAUCUCAACCUUCGGGUAGUCCUCAAGAGGGGAGUGCAAGACCUCUUUUUCCCCAGUGGUCCCAUCAUGUAUAUCCCCAAUUCCUUCCAGGCGCCCAUCCGAAUGCAGUGGCCCACAAUAAUUAUGUGCGACACAGACAUUCAUAUGCUAAACACCAUUACAACCUUAAUAAUAACCAUCAUUCUCACCACCACAACCACAAAAAUGACCACCGAUUCUACCGCAACUCUGUUGCAAGUCGCGCAGCAUCUAGAUCAAUUCAAAUUCAAGAAGACAAUGAUUUUGAUAUCAUUACGGCAUACGUUGAAGAUAAUAAUUCAUUACAUACAGAGAACGAAUUAAACUCGGGACCGGCAUCAAUUAAGGUAAAUGCGAGGCAGCGCCCUUCUCUGACUCAAGGGUUCACUGUAAAUUACUCUUUGGAUGGGAUUAGGCAUGCUCGAGGUUGUGACAGUGCUCGUAUUAAAAAGAGCUCCGAUUCUAUGGAAGACAUCAAUUCUGUACAUUCUGCUGAUACCAAUAACCUUGGUUCCAAUUGUGAAACUCACCUGGAUGAUAACGAAAAAGUGAAUACUGAUGAAAAUUGGACCGACAUUAAUCUGAAUGAAGAAGGUGAUUCAAAAGAAGAAACUAGAAAUCUGCAAAAUAUUUCACAUUCACCUUUAGAUAUUGAAGGAAAUAUAUCUUCUGAAAGAGGAGAAAAACACCAUUCUGAGAUUUCAGUAGUUCAUAUUCCAGAUGGAAUCAUCCAAACACCAGUUCAAAUGAGACCUGAUGAAUUGCCUGUUAGUAAUUUAGUGGAUCACAUAUCUGUUCCAACACCAUCACGAGAAGCGUCUCUAACACAAAAAUUAGAAAUGGCUCUUGGUUCUGUAUGCCCUUUACUGCGAGAAAUAAUGGUCGACUUUGCUCCUUUUCUAUCGAAAACUUUAGUUGGCUCCCACGGUCAAGAACUAUUAAUGGAAGGUAAAGGCUUAACUACCUUCAAAAAUAGCAAUUCUGUAGUAGAAUUAGUUAUGCUGUUAUGUUCCCAAGAGUGGCAAAAUUCGUUACAGAAACAUGCUGGACUCGCUUUUAUAGAGCUCAUUAACGAAGGUAGGCUGUUGUCUCAUGCUAUGAAAGAUCAUAUUGUUAGAGUUGCGAACGAAGCUGAAUUUAUAUUGAACAGAAUGAGAGCUGACGACGUUCUUAAGCAUGCAGAUUUUGAGUCACAAUCUGCUCAAACUUUACUUGACAGAAGAGAAGAAGAAAGAAUGUGUGAUCACUUGAUAACUUCUGCCAGGCGACGUGAUAAUGUUACCGCCAGCAAACUUUUAGAAAAGGUCAGAAAUAUAAUGUCUAACAAACAUGGUGCUUGGGGAUAUAUAGAAGGGGUAGAGACCUCCACAGUACUGGAAUUUUGGAAAUUAGAUGCUUGGGAAGAUGAUGCAAGACGUCGGAAGCGAUUUGUUCACAAUCCUUUGGGAACUACUCAUCCAGAGGCUAGUUUAAAGGCUGCAAUUGAACAUGGCGCCCCUGAGGAUGCCAUUCUACAAGCUAGAGAAGAAUUUCAUGCACAUCUUGCGGCCACUAGAAGUCAACAACAAAUGCAAAAUGACCUCAUGGAGGACAGUGAACUGAUGGUUGACGACCGUGAUUUAGAUACAGAUCUUAAUGGUCCUGUAAAUAUUAGCACUAAGGCAAAACUUAUUGCUCCUGGACUUGUCGCUCCUGGUAUGGUAUCAAUUACAUCUGCAGAGCUUUAUUUUGAGGUGGAUGAGGACGACGAAGAAUUCAAGAAGAUAGACAGUGAGGUAUUGAAAUAUUGCGACCAUCUUCAUGGAAAAUGGUAUUUUUCAGAAGUAAGAGCUAUAUUCUCCCGAAGAUAUUUACUACAGAAUAAUGCAAUCGAGAUAUUUUUGGCAAGUAGAACUUCGAUAAUGUUCGCUUUCCCUGACCAGGCUACUGUAAAGAAAAUUAUUAAAGCUCUUCCUAGAAUGGGUGUAGGCAUUAAAUAUGGAAUUCAACAAACCAGAAGAGCCAGUAUGAUGUCUGCUAGACAGCUAAUGAGAAAUUCAAAUAUGACUCAAAAGUGGCAGAGAAGAGAAAUAUCAAAUUUUGAAUAUUUAAUGUUCCUAAAUACUAUAGCUGGACGUACUUACAAUGAUCUCAACCAGUAUCCGGUUUUCCCAUGGGUAUUAACAAACUAUGACUCCAAGGAUUUAGAUCUUAGUCAGCCUAGUAACUAUAGGGACCUUUCGAAACCAAUAGGGGCGUUGAAUCCUAGUAGAAGAGCGUAUUUUGAAGAAAGAUAUUCCACGUGGGAACAUGAAAGCAUUCCACCAUUCCAUUAUGGAACUCACUAUUCCACUGCAGCUUUUGUGUACAAUUGGCUUAUUCGUUUGGAACCGUUUACUACGAUGUUUCUGUCAUUACAAGGUGGAAAAUUUGAUUAUCCGAAUAGAUUAUUUUCCUCUAUAUCUUUAUCAUGGAAAAACUGCCAAAGAGAUACGUCUGACGUAAAAGAAUUAAUUCCAGAAUUCUUCUUCCUUCCUGAAAUGUUUGUUAAUUCUAAUCGCUAUCGAUUAGGUAUAAAUGAAGGUAAACCAAUUGGAGAUGUAGAGUUACCGCCAUGGGCCAACUCUCCAGAAGAAUUCGUUAGAAUAAAUAGAAUGGCCCUUGAAUCUGAAUUUGUAUCAUGUCAACUUCAUCAAUGGAUUGAUUUAAUUUUUGGAUACAAACAAAAAGGACCUGAAGCUAUUAGGGCAACAAACUGCUUCUAUUACUUAACAUACGAAGGCAGUGUUGAUCUCGAGUCCAUUCAGGAUAAGAUAAUGAAAGAAGCUAUCGAAAAUCAAAUUAGGAACUUUGGACAGACACCUUCGCAGUUAUUAAUGGAGCCACAUCCACCGAGAAGCUCAGCAAUGCAUCUGUCGCCAAUGAUGUUUUCAACAAUUCCGGAUGACAUUUGUAUGACGAUGAAGUUUCUUUCUAACAGUCCUAUUAUUCAUAUAUCGGCCAAUACUUAUCCACAAUUACCAAAUCCAUCAGUAGUAACAGUUACUAUGCAUCAACAGUUUGCAGUAAACAAAUGGAAUUCGGCGUAUGCUGCAGUAGCACAAUCUCCAAGCUAUGCAGAUACUCCACAAAAUCAGGCGUCUAAUUUACCACUAUCAAUGGAUACUGUUCUUUCGGUUAGUAAUAACAGUAAUACUCAAAAUCAAAUGCAGAGACGUCACUUGGGAGAUAACUUUAGUCAAAAUUUGAAGAUACGUUCAAAUUGCUUCGUAACUACAGUCGAUAGUAAAUUUUUAGUAGCUUGCGGAUUUUGGGAUAAUAGUUUUCGUGUUUUCUCUACAGAAACCGCCAAAAUUGUUCAAAUAAUAUUCGGACAUUAUGGAGUGGUAACAUGUUUAUCUCGUUCUGAAUGUAAUAUAACCUCUGAUUGUUAUAUUGCUUCUGGAUCCGCUGACUGUACUGUAUUAUUGUGGCAUUGGAAUGCCAGAACACAAACAAUCGUCGGAGAAGGAGAAACUCCAACACCAAGAGCAACGCUAACAGGUCAUGAGCAACCUGUUUCUUCUGUUGUAAUAUCAGCAGAGCUUGGCUUAGUUGUUUCUGGUUCGUAUGCUGGUCCUGUGUUGGUGCAUACAACCUUUGGUGAUUUACUUCGUUCACUGGAACCACCUAAUACAUUCAACUCACCCGAAAAUAUUGCCAUGUCUCGAGAAGGUGUAAUUGUUGUUAAUUAUGAUAAAGGGAAUAUAGCAGCUUUCACUAUUAAUGGAAAACGCUUACGCAGUGAAUCACACAAUGAUAACUUGCAGUGCCUACUACUAAGUCGAGAUGGAGAAUAUUUAAUGACUGGUGGUGAUAAGGGAAUAGUGGAAGUAUGGAGAACUUUCAACUUGGCUCUAUUGUAUGCCUUUCCGGCAUGCGAUAGUAGCGUCAGAUCGCUUGCUUUAUCGCAUGAUCAAAAAUUCUUGUUGGCCGGUUUGGUUCUUGGUUCAAUUGUAGUUUUCCACAUAGACUUCAAUAGAUGGCACCACGAGUUUCAGCAACGCUAUUAGAAGACAAAUUAAAAAAAGUCAGUAAAAUCAACAAUUAUUAAUUAGUACCUCCGGGUACUUAAAUAAAAAAUGAUUGUUUAUAUAUUUAAUUUAUUCAAAUACUUUGUAUCUUAUGUAUUCAUAUCUAGUUAUUUUUGUGCAAUAUAGCUUUUUUCAUUAGAUGAGUCAAUAUGAUUAUUGAGUUUUACCAUUAUCGUAGAAUUUGUAGAUAGUAUUUCUUUCAGUGGGAUACUUUAAAUAUUGGAUUUUAAUCAUUGUAGUUGUAUUUAACCAUUUUGAAAUAUGUAUUGUAUUUGUUUUGUGUAGCGUAAUUGAGAAUAAAUAGAAACAUUUGAUGGUUUUUAUUGUUAAUUGGAAACUUUAUCAUUAAUAAAAUGAUAAAGAACAUUUGAAACUCUCCGCUUGUAUAUUAUGGAAUACUUGUUAAAAAUUAUUCUAAAUUUAUAUUUAAAAUGGUUUUCGAUUUAUGCCGAUAUUCAUCAAUUCUUCAAUUCAUUCUCUCUCAAUAAAACUACCAUACUUCUGAUUUUAGAAAAUAGCAAAAAUCGCAUUUUGACAUAAAGAAGAGGUAUAGAACACACUUAUUGAGGUACGGUUCUAAAAUGGGAAGGAAAACUUCAUAUAUUUUUUGUCCAAUCAAUUUCAGUACAAUGUUUUAUAAUAUUAUCGCGAAGUUUUUUGAAAUUAUUGUUGUUGAGAACCAUCCUGUGUUUUUAUCAUAUUUGUUAAUUGUAAGGCUUUAUACUUGCCCUCGUCUCUAUCAAUUAUUUUUUAUAAUACAAAAUUUAUUGACAUAAUAGUUACGCACCCAAUAACUAUUGUGACUAUUAAUAUAGAAAUGCUUGUACUUAAUAUUUUUUACGUAGGAAAAGAUUUAUUAUUACGGCGUGACUGAUUAAUUUUUUAUAUUGUUAAUAAACAAUCAUUCCUGACUGCAUUUAAUUAAUUAUGUUUUAUAAAUAAUUAAUAAGUAUCCAUUAUUUUAACGAUUUCACGGAAUUUAACCAAAUAGCACUAAUGUGUAUGAUCAAUAAAUAUCUAUUUUUCAAAUUAUUCAACAAGCACAUAACACCCAUAUUCCAUGGGUAAUUUUAAAUAGUGGUAUAUUGAACAACUAACAAACUUCAUUAUAUUGUCACAAAAGUAAAAAAUAUCCAGCAUCUGCACCUGUUGUAUGCUAUAUUUUUCUAUUGAACAACACAAGAUAUUCCGUAUUUCCCAUUGGCGCAAAAUACACAACUUUUUGUACUAAUUCUUGAGGUGAGCUAUUAAGUAUUUCAUGGAGAUUGUUGGAAAAUAACAUUUUAUGACUUCCACCUUCCUUAUUUGGGUGGGAGAUGACGUGCUCUAAAAGUCUUAGAUGGUUUUUUAGAUAUUGGAAUUAAUACAUUUUCAAAUAAUUUCCAUAAUCAACCGAUUUCUGUUAUGUCUUAACUUCCAAACUCACUUUAAAUAAGAAACUGAUGAGCUGAUUAUAUGUUAAUUUUCAAUUUUGUUUGAUUGUUACAUUAAGUGAAUAUCCAUAAGGCAACUUUUUCGACCUUUUUUGUUGAUAAUUUCUCACUUUCCAAUAUUUUUUCGUUAGUUUUGUUUGAUUCAUCUUGUGUUUUUUAUUACUUCUUCCUACUAUUGUGUUAAUCAAUAUGUUUUUACUCACUCUCCAUUUCAAUCUAUACAAGCUUCAAGAACUCUUUUUUUACUCAGCGCUUCAAUUUACACUAUAAAAAUGAUUGUUUAUCUGUUAUCAUUGUACGGAAAAAUGGUGUCAUGAAAUUUAUCCAUGAAAGUUCCAGUGGUUUUAAUUUAAAUGAAUACACAAUAUUAGAAUUAUAUUGAAGUGACAUGCUAGUAAACGUAGUUUAGGUUGUUAACGUGCAUUUUUUAAGUACUUACUAGAAAAGACAAGGGCAAGUACUAAAAAGUUAUCAAUCCUGCAGUGACAGUACAAUUGAUUUCUUCUUACUGACAAUAUUUAUUGUACAAUAUUAAGUAACUGUGAGUUCGUGAUUCAUGGAAAAAUUUCUGCUAAGAUAUUUGAUAAUAGGUCAAUAAAAAUGAAACUUUUUUGUUAAUAUUCUUGGAAAUAUUGAUUGCAUAGAUAAUUUGAAAAGCAAUAAACAUCUAGGGAGUACGAAACGGUUGAACCAAAUCAUAUUUUUGAUGAUGUCUUCUCCAAUCACAUUAUGAAGUCUUUAUCAUUUCUUUUUAAAUUUAUAUACCCUCUUUUGAUAGUAUUAAAUAUUGUCAUGUUUUUUCUAUGUUAAUAUAAUGUAUAAAAAAUAAAACAGGUGAACAUCACUAAAUAAAACUACCAACAAUUUAAUUAUUCCUUGAAGUGUGAACCUUUUGUCUAUUAACAAUAUGCAAGAUUAUGUUUAAAGUCUUGUAAAAUAUUCUAAUGGUAUCAGCGUUAAUUGAAUUAAUUUCUGCUAUAAUUUAUUUUUUAGAAAAUAUCAUACCUAUACAUAGAAAAAUGUUUUUUUCAUAUUUACUAUUAAUAAAAUAGCGUAGUUCUGUUAAAAUAAUGGUAACAACGUCUUAACUUCAACCGUGAGGAUGUCAACAAAAAUAUGAGUCCAACAAAAAAAUUUGGCCGAAGAAUAAAAUCGACAUGUCUGGACUGCUUCAUCCAACGGGCAAAUUAUAUGCUCACCUUUUAUUUAUAGUUGCUAAAUUUUUUCAAAUUUUCAAAGAUUUUUAAUCUACUUAAUAUUCCUGAGUGCUACUCUAAAUAAAUGAUAAGUAUUUGCAUAAAAAUUGUCAGGAUUAAUCAAAAUAAAUUUUAAUUGAAAAUCAUUGUAAGGAAGUGUUUAGCAAAAAUAUUAGUAAAUUUGGUUUUUCCUAAGCAACUUCAAAGUUUUAUUCAAUAUUUCAUCACUAUAUAUUUCAACUUUCUCUAGAAAUAUAUUCAACAUCUUCAUUACAUAAUUAUUUACAUUUCAGCCUUUCCUUUUAUUAAUUAUUUGAAGUCUAUAAACUAGAAAGUCUAUAAUAUUGAAUUUCAAUUUGUAUCUUUUACUUAGCAUUCAAGCAUGAAUAAAUUUUAAAAUAUAAAUAUGUAAUUUAGUAGAUAAGGAUGGUAGAUAUCAACUUAUAGAAAGGUAAUUUGAUAUAUAUAUAUAUAUAUAUAUAUAUAUAUAUAUAUAUAUAUAUAUAUAUAUAUAUAUAUAUAUAUUUAUUGCUCCUUCAUUGAGGAAAUUUAAUAUAGUGAAAUGGUGCAGUCACCUUCACGUAAAUUUCGCAAAAUCGUAGUUAUACAUUAACUACUGAGUGUGGGAAUAUGGUCAGAUAUUUAUUAUGUCGUUGAAAAGUUGAUUUUAUUUCGAAAUUUAAUUCUCUAGUAUUGAAUUCAUCCGACUCUGUUAUGUUGAUCUGUCGCGGCAGAUUAAUAUUAUGGAAAAUACUUUACCUUCUAUGUGUAUGUCCUUGAGCGAUCUAGCAGAUCUUGCUCAUCUAAUCAGAAUAAUGAAAAAAAAUUAAUAGCCAUUAAUUACUUGUUGAAAAGUAGUUCACGAUUUUAGCUCAAUAUAAUGUGAAAAGGUCACCAACUACUUAAAAUGCUAUAAUAGCAUUUGCAAGAAUUCUCUUUUUUCUUUUGAAAGAUAUGGUGCAAGAAUAACUUAAAAACUGCCAUUUUCUUAAGUUAUAGUUGUAAAAAUCAUGGAUGAAGUCUGGUAUGUACAUCUGGAAUAAAGUAUGUUUUCCUAAAUGAUGUCUCUUUCAUGUUUUUCUAUAUCUCUCAAUACGCUCGACGAUGAGAGCUCAUAGUUGCUUGAAUAAAGAUAAUCGUUGAGAAACAAUUUUUUCCACAGUAUUAUUUUGAUCAAUUUUUCAUGAGGUAAAUGGUCAUUAUUAUUUCAUAAAAUUGUAAGUACCAUUAAAAUUCCUAAACACUCAAAAAAUUAAAAUGAAUAAAACUUUUUUGAACUAUAAUUUGAAUAUUUUCUCCUAUAUUCUACAUAAUUGUGUGAUGGACAUUUUGCAGAACGAUUAAUAUUUAGAUUAUUAGAUAAAUGUUUGUUUGAUAAGUUGAUUAGUUGUCAUGUCACUGUGGGCUGGUCUGGUUUCUUUCGAUAAUGUAAGUUUAUAAGCACCGUAGUGUUGCUUACAGCUUGCACUUCUGAUACCAGCAAUUGUUACGGCCGUAACGGCGCACUUUUUCGACAUGGUAUGUGCGAUAUUCAAAAUUACGUAUAUUACACAUACUGUGACCCAAAAACACAUUCCCUCCAGCAAUUGUAUAUUACCUAAUAUAUUGCAAAUCUGUCCAAGAGAAUCAAACUUAUUGUAAAUAAGUAAGAUUGUUUCCUUUUUUAUGAAGCGCUGUCAACUAAUCGUGUGUUGAAAUAUUUACUUAACCUAUUAUUUUACUACUUAUGAAAUAUGUACUUAACUGUAAGAAAUAUGAUAUGUUUGAUGUUAGCAAUAAUGUUUCAUUCAUUUGUAUACAUGAUAACUAUUAAAUAAAUGUGUUUUGUUCAC